CAGCUCUCACAUAGACGAGUGUUUUCACUACUACGUCUUCAUCGCAGCAUCCGCGUCGAUUAACUGACUAGUACUCACAAUGGGCAACGCGCAAUCCACCGUUCGGGUUCUUGCACCCCUGUCGUUCCUCUAUGACUUCGCUGCACAGCAGUAUGGCAUGUUCUCGACGCCGAAUAUGCUCGAUAUCCACAACAGGAAUCUGGCAGCCUUCUCCCCGCAGCCGUACUUCAUUGCAGGCUUCUUCUUCCCGCAGCAGCUCUUCCAGCUGGCAUGGCUAUGGAAGCUAUGGAGACAAGAAGGAACUCCAGCCGAGAGAGAGACGAUGACGAACUUCGGCUGGGUAUAUGCGCUGGGCAACGCCGUUAGCUUACCGUCCGCAGCCUGGAUGUUCUUCUGGAACUCGGACAACCUCGAGACGAGCAACAUCUUCGUCAUAGUCAAUACUAUCUCUCAAAUCUUCUACAUUUCCACGCUCCUACCGCCGCUCGAUACGCACUCGACGCCAAACCUGCUCACCCAUGUCGUCGCAAAGACGUUCGCGGGUAUCGGCGUGCUUGACUUACUCCACAACACCUCUGCGGCGUAUUAUCGCGGCGUCCCACCCAGCCAGCUCGUUCAGAUCGCAACCGGUGUGGGCUUCGCGGCGGCAGCGAGCGUCAGCGACUGGAUCUUCGGAGGAUGUCUUGUGUACGACCUAGUCGCAUUGAGCAUGGGACAGCAGGGCGGCUGGAGCAGGUUGCUCGGCGGAUAUGCGGCGAUGACGGCGGGUAUUGUUGGGUUAAGGAACUGGUUCUAUCCGAGGUGGAAGGCGCAGAAGCAGGGCGCGUAUUCGAGAAUUGCGGGGGACGGCGAUGCUCAAGUCUGA